GAAUAAUUUUCUGUGAUAUUUAUUAAUUAUUUAAUCUUUUUAGGUACUAAUGUUUCAUCAUAAUUUUAUAACAUUCAUCGUUCAACAACUUUUUUGUCAGUCAUAAUGUUACGAAAUCGAUUAUUGGUCAAUAUUAAUCAAUGUCAACGAUCAAAAUUAUCGACAUCUGCCGAAAUUCCUAGUGAAUUUAUCAAAACAAUAAAAUUUCGGACCUGUGUUAAUAUUUAUGAUGAAUUACGAACACGAUUACCUCGAUUCUAUGGAAAAUCACCUUCCGAAGGUGUCGAUAUCACUAUCGAUUAUGUUGAUACUCAAUCGAAUCAAAAACCGAACAAAACAAUUGUAGCCCUUCAUGGUACUGCCGAUACUUAUCGUACAUUCACCCAAUUGUAUCAACAUUUUAAACAUCGAUCAGAUGUACGAAUUGUUAUGCCGAAUUUUCCCGAUUUUAGUCAUACACGUUCAACUAAUUAUUCAUUUUGGCAUUCAAGUGAUGAAAAAUAUCAUCUAUUACAGGAUUUAUUUCGUCAUUUAAAUAUUGACACAAUUGAUUGUUUGGUUGGCCAUUCAUAUGGAAAUCAAUCAAGUACGGUAUUGUUACAGAAACCACAACAUUUACAGAUAAAAUCAUUGGCAAUGAUUGCACCACAAUUUUUAUUAGGCAAUUUCGCUAAUAAUGAUCUAUAUAAAAUGACAAAAUUCGUACUGCCAUUUUCAAAAUCUGAAUAUUUAUCUCGUCUGUUGCAUCGGAUGAAAAUUCAUCAAUCCAAAAGCAUACCGUUCAAAUUUAACGAAAUUGAUGAACUUUUUCAUUUAUUAACAAUUAUAUUAGAUCAACAAGCAAUGAAAGAUUCACCCGAAAGAAUUCGAUUAUUGAAUACAAUGAAUAUAAGUGGUUUUAUUAUGUAUUCAGCGGAUGAAAGAAUCAUUGAUAAAAAUGCACAACUAGAAUUAUAUAGAUUACUUAAUAUAGGGGAUGAUCAAACAAUUAUUGUCGAUCAAGAUGAUCCGAAAAUAAUUGCCAACACUUUUUCCGAAAUGAAUAAUAAAUCACAACAAAUCAUGAAAAAAAUCAUUGUUAAAGAUGGACGUCAUUUUCCUCAUCUUAAAUAUCCAAAUGUUACAAAUGUUUUGAUCGAAAAACUUAUUAAUAAAUGUUGACAAAGUUUAAAUAAAAGAAAUUGAAAAAUAUUUUUGUUUAGUUU